UGGCUGAGAGGACUGAGCGUUCCCUGCAACAGCUGCCUCUAUCCACAACAGGAGUUGGCGGAACUGAGCCCAGUGGAGAACGACUUACAGCCGCUUUGUCACGCAUUGCCUCAGCACCGUACCAGCAGGCCAAACGCAAAUCACCUAGGACGACAUAUCUAUACAUUCAUGACCGGACAAGGAUUAAGUGGUUUAGAAGACAAUUGCAAGGAAGAGAUAGAACGGAUUUUACACAGGACUGUUGGGUUAUAGGAGAGCCCCAGGCAACCAUGGAUACAACUUUGCAUAGCCUGCAGAAACCGACAGCUUCAACCGACAAGGUCCUGGACGGCGGAACGGGACUCGCUUUGGAUAUGAGUAUGGGGGACCGGGAAUUCACGGAACAAUCGAUUAGAUUUACCGACAAAAUCUCGUUAGUGAAGCCCUAUUUAAAAAAAAAAAAAGGACCGAGGAAACUAGACUCAAAAUGCCUCCGUGCGCUCCAGGACCCAAUCCUGACCACAUUACUGAGUACAGAUGCACUUGUUACCGGAGACGGGGUGUUUGUUCCCCGGAACCCUCCGACAAGGACAGCGGGGAACCUGUGCACUGCGGCGGUGGUCAAACAGGCGCGGAUUGGUGGGCCUGUGUGUCUGAAAGAUUCGGGAGCUACCGGAGUAACGGCUAUGAUUACCGGCGACAAUGACACAGAAAUGGCGGACACCGCCGCGGAGUUGGAGGAGACAGAGAGGGGGGUAACCAAGAUACCGGUAGAUCUCCAGCGCGUGACAAUAGACCCUAACGAACGCAGAUUCCAGCUCAAACGUGUCCCCCGGGCGCGCGAGGUGGGGGCGGCAACCCCCACACCAGAUACCCCUGUAGUAUCCCCUCCAAGCCAGGGGGGCAACACGAUGAGUGACCUCUUCGCCUCUAAAGCCUUGCAGGGGCCAGAUUGUCUGACCAUCAAAGACAGUACGAACACCCCCAGUCUUCAGGCCGACAAAGGCGAGAUAUUUCAGGAUAAAAGCGAAGAGGCCUCCCUGGAUCUAGUGUUUGAUCUGCUAACCCAGCUCCAGUAUCACACGCACCAAGCCGACGCAGUUUCGAUCUGCGUGGAUUUCCUGCAGGGGUUGUGUGUGUACGGGAGUGACUGCGCUUACCACCAUACUGUGCUCCCCUACCACUGGCAGAUCCGCAGCAGUGAUACUGAAAGCUGGCAAAGCGUGGCGGAUGAUUCGCAGGAACAGUUGGAGAGGCUUUACUGCAAUCCGGACAAUGAGCAAGUCAGGCUCAAAUAUCAGGGUCGUGUGUUUUCCUUAGACUUCAAUGCAAUGCGUGUAUGUGACCUGGAGUUCGACCACGUCAGACGGUUGACCACUCCCUCCAGCCCUGCCUCCCCACCCCCAAACACAAACCCCGCCCCUAACUGCCACACAGUGUGGAAAUACUACUGCAGAGACAACUUCGGCUGGAGAGAAUAUUCUGAGCCGGUGGUGCGUCUGAUAGAGGAGGCUGGCGGUCGUGGUCUGAAGGAGGUCCGGUUCAUCACCCUACAGAACCACUACAUCCUCAACAUCAGAGAGGGCUUCCAGCAGAACGCUGUGUUCGGCUUCAGACGCCAGAUUAAGAAACGACCCCUCUUCCUCUCCUCCGUGGUCCUCACGCCACACCUACAGACUCUUGGUGGCCUCUCCUCUUUCCCCAUCUCCUCCUCCACUCUGGAUCUGUCUGUUUCUCUCCCCCUCUCUCCCACCUUCACCAACUCUCCCAGCGUAUUCCCGGAAACAUGGUUACCCAUGACGACCAGCCAGGACUUCCUGCAGGUUCCGGUAUCCCGUGACGACCGGAGCUAUCGGACCGUCUACACCCUCUUCCACAAGACGGUGUCCGAAACCAAGUUCCGCAUCCUGAAGAUCCUCCGCGUCCAGAACCCCUUCCUCUGGGAGAAAUACAAGCGGAAGAAGGAGUACAUGUCUCGUCGUCUCUCGGAGAUGGACAGGAUGCUGAGCGAGCGUCACCUUUUCCACGGCACCUCCACUGAGGUGGUAGAGGGCAUCUGCAAACACAACUUUGACCCGCGCGUCAGUGGCAAACACGCCACCAUGUUCGGACAAGGCUCCUACUUCGCCCGCAAGGCCGUCUACUCCCAUAACUUCUCCAAGCGCUCUCCUAAAGGGAUCCACUCCAUGUUCCUGGCCAAAGUGCUCACUGGCAGGUUUACAGUGGGGAACCCCUCCAUGCGUCGGCCACCCCCACUCAGCCCCCGCGACCCCUCCAGUGACCUGUACGACUCGUGUGUAGACAACUGGGUGGACCCCCAGAUCUAUGUUAUCUUUAACGACGACCAGAGCUACCCCUACUUUAUCAUCCAGUACGAAGAGGUUCCCAGUACCGUGGCUAUCUGACACAGAACAGACUGAACCAAACCCAGUACUGUGGCUGAGAACAGACCAGACCGAACCAAACCCAGUACUGUGGCUGAGAACAGACCAGACUGAACCAAACCCAGUACUGUGGCUGAGAACAGACCAGACCGAAUCAAACCCAGUACUGUGGCUGAGAACAGACCAGACCGAACCAAACCCAGUACUGUGGCUGAGAACAGACCAGACCGAACCAAACACAGUACCGUGGCUAUCGGACACAGACCAGACAGAACCAAACCCGGUACUGUGGCUGAGAACAGACCAGACCGAACCAAACCCAGUACUGUGGCUGAGAACAGACCAGACCGAACCAAAUCAGAGCUACCUCAUACUGCAUCAUCAGUAUGAAGAGUUAACCGGUACUGUCAACAUCUGAGAUCUAUUGGUUCCUCCCUACACCCGUCAACCACAGCAGCUUCCAUCUGUAUGCUGUUGGUUUGAAACCCUUAAAUUGGACAGUGGUUGGCGUUUCAUUUGGACACAAUGCUGUGUGAAUAGACAUUAGCGUCUGCCAUUUUGGGUCUGAACAGAUUCAUUUGGACACAAUGCUGUGUGAAUAGACAUUAGCGUCUGCCAUUUUGGGUCUGAACAGAUUCAUUUGGACACAAUGCUGUGAGAAUAGACAUUAGCGUCUGCCAUUUUGGGUCUGAACAGUGGACAGUUUAAUUUGGACCCAACGUUGUGUGAAUGGAUAAUUGCCUUGGCGUCUGCCAUUUUGGAUCCCCAUCGGGACUGAACAGUGGACAGAGUCACUGAGACUCAGUGCUGGAGUUUCUGUUUAAAACAUAACCCCAAUCUCUCUCUCUCUCUCUAAGACCUCUUUCUCUCAGAGGGCAGACAUAUUUGGUGAGAUAAGCUGUACGUACGUUCUUCUUGUUUAUAUUUGAACUGUGUGCCUUUUGUUCAUAAAAAUGUUUAUUUAUGUUAGUUAAUGUAACAUUGAGUAAAUAAAUAAUCUAAAAGAGAAAAUCA